AUGUUCAGACUAUACGAGGUUGAUCCCGAUGCGGAUACCCUUAUCAUAAUCCCCACCCCGUCCAAGUCGUUCGCACCAUGGGAAGAGGCGGCCCCUAAUUCCGACGCAUCGUCCGCCUACGCCGGGAUCCUGCGCGGCACCUCGCGGCCGCCAAACACAUACGCAUCCAUUGCCUCCGCGCCCGAGGUGCGCCUCAAGGUUUCGUCGCGGCAUCUUAGUCUCGCAUCCAAGCACUUUCGCAACAAGUUCCGGUAUGACAAUCCGAUCGAGGCGGAUGGAAGGGUGCACGUUACCCUGGGCGGGUAUGACCCCAAGGCCGUGAUUGUGGUCAUGGACGCGGUGCACGGGCGCGGGCGCAAGGUGCCCAGGGCGGUCGACCUGGAGCUGCUGGCCAAGAUCGCGGUGUUUGUGGAUGCUUUCAAGUUCCAUGAGGCUGUGCAGGUUUACGCCGAGCGGUGGUUUGAGGGGCUGGAGGGGGCGCUCCCAACCAAGUAUGGGAGGGACCUGGUGCUGUGGAUCUAUGUGUCUUAUGUCUUCCGCCAACAGGAGGUAUUCAGGAGGGCGUCCAACGUGGCGAUACUGCAGAGCAAUGGUCCGAUUCGGAGCCUGGGCUUGCAGCUCCGAGACGGCUUGAUCAGGGAAAUCGACAGCCAGAGACAGCAGUUGGUGCGGCAGGCGCUGGACGUAAUCUACGAGACGGUCGACGCCCUGCAGGAGGACGAGGCGCCAUGUUCGCGCGGAUGCGAUACCUUCUUGCUAGGAGCGCUCGUCAAGUCCCUGCGCCGCCACAAGCUCAUGUGGCCCAGACCCGUGAAGCCAUUUAUCGGGGUCAGCUUCGUCGGCAUCUCGCAGUCUGUCGGGGAGGCAGGGUCCCAGCUGGCCCAGCUCGUGCCCGGCCUGUCGCUGAACGGCGCGGCAAACGUCAGGGAGAUAUCGAGGAAGCGGAAGACGCCGAACGCUGAGCCGAAGCAGACACUGACUCCCGACUCGUCGCCUGAGCUGCGGGCUACAUUCGACGCUCACGAUUGCGGCGUGAGGGGUGGCCUGGCAGAGAAGCUCGACGAGCUGGAGGCGGGUGUGACGGGGCUGGGUCUUGAGAGCAGACUUGGGUAUUUGUUGUAUUGA